AUGCUCCUGGCCCUCCGUCGCAUUUUCCUCGUCGCGUUGCUGAUCGCCACUCUUCCGGCCGUCGUGAUGACCGCAGUCGUGCACGGCUUGGAAGUGAAUUACGACGGCUUCUGCUGUCCCAGAGGGCAGGUGAAGACGUCGUCAGGUUUGACCGUGACUUUCGCCUUCGCGCGCCUUCGCUUGGGAGGCGGUGCGUCCACAUCCGCGUUCCGCUUCCUCUUCCUGUUGACUGCCUUUACGUCGUCGUCGAGCGUCGUUUGGGAGGUCGACGCGAGCGAUGUUUGGGAGGUCGACGCGAGCGACGUUUGGGAAGUCGGCGCGAGCGACGUUUGGGAGGUCGGCGCGAGCGACGCGCAAUACGCCUUGCUCGUCAACCGAGGGUCGAUCCCCAUGCAGGGGAGGGCGACGUCCAAACUGUCCCGCAGUGUUUGCUCUUCUACGGGCACUUUCGGACUAAUCCGCCAUGCCUUCAAUGACAGGAAUACCUCGGAAGGUGGCCGCCAAGAAUCGUUCGGCUUGAUGCUCCUAGGGAGAGACGUUCAGGACAAAGGCUGCGGCCACAACAACGAACAAACAAACCUCUCGGAUGCAGGCAAGGACGCGUGAUGGGGAAUGUUCAAGGCCGUGGAGUCCCUACAGGAAGCAUUUGUAGAUGUCGGCAGC